AUGGCUGAUAUUCGAAAUGAUGGACAAUCAAGAAUUGAUAUUGAAUCUGCAGAACUUUUAGGUGGUGAUAUUAACUUAGAAAAGUAUCAGAAGACGCAUUAUAUGGCAGGAGGCUAUGCUAAGUUUGAAAGUACGUAUGCAGAUAUGGCUCCAGGUGCCGCCGGCCCACCACCCCCUCCAUCGGUCGGAAAAGGAGAAGAAUUAUCGGGUUUAUAUGUAUUUUCUAUUAAUCAACCAUUUUCAAUUGAUGGUAAAACAAAUUAUCUUUUACCAAUGUUUCGUCCACGAGUAACUGUGGAACGAUAUGCUUCUAUUUCAAAACACUUCUAUAGUGCUGGAAAUGUAAAUGGUAAAGCUGACCGUGCAUAUCGUCUCUCACCUGAUCGUUUUCUUUCACGUGGUAAUUGUAUUAUACGUGAAUCUGAUCGUCUUGUUGGUGAAACAUCCUUACCAGAUGUAGCUGCUAAAAAUAAACAUGAAUUUUCAAUUGGUCAAGAUGCUGAUAUAGUUUACAAAGAAAAUUCAACAUUAGUCUCUUCAUAUACGACUAAUACAACAAGUUCACCUUAUGGCCCGAAACAAUCACGAACACAAUCAAUAUACGAUGUUGUUCUGACAUUGAAAAAUUACAAGAAUCGUCCAGUCAAAGUUGAGUAUCAACAACAGGUCUAUGGUCAAUCAGUAAAAUUAAUCAAAACUAGUAAUUCAAAUUAUACACAAGAAGGUUCGACAAUCAAAGCUACAUUUACAUUAGCAUCUGAUGAAGAGAAAUCAAUUUCGUACAAAUUUGAACUAGUCAACUAA